AAUGAGAAUGAAAACUGUGAUUCUUUUGUGGUGAUGGGCGUGCUGCGAUCGGGCCAACUUAGCCCCAGCCCGGCCGGCCCUGGCCAAUUCAGCUCUUUGCACUUGAGCUCAUAAAUUUUGACUGUAGCUCGCUCAUUCCCGUAGCCUUGCGGUGUCGAGCUGUCACUGCGCGGGAAACAAAAUGGCAGUUUCAAUCUUUUUCUGGUAGCUCCUUCUAAACACUUGAGACCUGUGCGCGCAUUAGGCCGGCGUAUAGCAUCGGCAGCCAUGGCUGAGGACUUUCGUGAGACGUUCAAGGAGAUAGAAAACAACAAGGCAUUGCCGGAGUUCAACUUGCAAGCAUGUAUGCAAAGCCUGGAGAGUCUGGGAGAUCCCGCCAAGGAGAUCGCCAAGAUCACUGAGGCGCGCCGUAAGCGUGCCGCCGAGGCCGCCCGCCGGGAGGAGGCGAACGCGCGGCUGCAGGAGCAAUGCUUGGAAAAGCACGCGGAUGCGGAUGCGGAGGCGCUGGCGCUAGCGGAGGACGCCGAUGAGCCUGUUGAGGACGCGGGCGCGCAGGGCGAGGAAGAGGUGGAGCCGCCUUCGCUGGAGCCGCUAUGCCUGACGCUGCAACAACCGCUGCCGGCUGUGGAUGUGAGCCCGCUGCAGCUACCGCUGGCGGGCGCAGAGGGCGAGGUGCUGCUGCAGCAGCUAAUAGGCACCCGGCAGCUGUUUGACUUCCUGGGAGCCUUCACGCCGGACACGGCUACACCUGUGCUGCGCGUGCUGUGGCAGCUGGUGUGCUACGGCGAGCAGCCCUACGCCGCGUACCAGCAGGCGGUGGAGUACUACCGGUCCACAACGCGGUCAGAGAUGGGCUGGGUGCCCCAGGUUGUUGACUUUCACAGCUUCUUCGUGGCCACGGGCUUCCUGCCCUCGCACGGUCAAGGCCACGGCGGGAGAGGUAGUGGCGGCAGCCGCAAGCGGAGCGCAGGGCAGGAGGACGCAGGCGAGCAGGCGGGCGCGGGCGGUGCAGCGGGUCCCAGUAGCAGCGGCGCAGGCGGCAGCGGCACCUCAGCCGCUGCCCGCAUCCCCAACCUGCAGUGCGUGCUGCGGCUACUGGUGGACCUGGUGGGGCUGCACAGCGCCGGGCAGCUGGAUGCCGGCUAUGACAACGCGGCGCAGGCCGCCGGGAAGUCACUGCUGCAGGUGUUGCUGCGGCUGCUGCUGGACCCCGACAUGUGCGCCGUGCUGUACCUGGAGGCGCGGGCCGCUGUGGAGGCAGUGAUGGAGCCCUGGGAGGAGCGCCUGUGGCGGCGGGUGGGAGAGGACAGCGCGGUGCAGGCGCUGGAGUUGGGGCCGAGCCCGCGCGCCACGUGGCGAUUGCUGGCGUCGCUGCCGGGAAGCAGUGAGCGGCUACGCGGCUGGCGGCAGGCCAUGGCGAUGCAUUUGAUGCGCAAGGUGGUACCGCACAACCUGCCGUGGACCAAGCACGGUGCGGCGGGUGCCAGCCGGCGCGGCACGUCGGCGGCGUCUGAGCUCCAGGCGCUGCUGGGGCCUGACAGUAGCCCCACCGCGGCGCGAGCGGUGGUGGAGGCGCUGCGGCGGAGCAAGGACAAGAAGGUGGACUACUGGCGGCUGAUGACCAUCCUUCAGUGCGCGCAGCUGGUGGCGUGGGACACCAUUUACACCAGUGACUCCGAGGACGCCGCGAAUCUGUACAACUAUAUCUACCAGUACAUGAACAGCUUUGAGCAGCACAUGCGCGGGCGGGAGGCGCUGGUGAUGCGCAUCCGCGUGUUCCUGGCGGAGAGCAAGGCCGCACUGGACAACUCCUCUGGACACGGCAACGAGUGAUGCCCAAGCUAGAGGACGAGGCGGGGUACGGUGCGGCAUGGCUUGUGCUACGAUGGCAGGCUGGAGAGGGACUUGGUGGCGUGGCGAUGGGAGUGCUGACUAGGGGAAAGCGGUAGGCUGCACAUGAAACACGGUGCUGCAUUUGCGCCGAAUGGCUUCUGUUAUGCGCUGUGUUGGAACUGCUGUAUGCGGGUGGUGUCGCGGACAUGCUCACACAAUGUACAGGCAUGUACACGCUAUUGUGUGGGAAAUAACGGGCCAGAAUCCGGCGACACAGUGCACUGCGGGUCGCUGCGGCGCUGCAGGCAUGUAAGCCAGCCACAUC